AUGUCCCACUCACACACACACGCUCCGGGCGAGACCCAUUCGCACUCGCACGCGCCUCAGCAACAGCAGCAGCGACCUGUCCCUCCUCCACCUGAUCCCGUCUUGCAAGCUCUCAUCGACGCGCAAUUCUCGCCCGUCGACCUCACUGUUACUGACGCCAACCUUCUCCUCUGCGCACCUCAUUCUCUCGCUGUCUGUGCUGACUGCGAUGUCGACUUCUCCAAAACUAAUAUCCUCUCAAGACUGCUCACACAGAACCCGAACAUCAAAGCCCCACCUCCAGGGCAGAUCGUGAACAAGCAAUUGUCGGGCGCAGUGAACGCCGUGAAGGAGGAGGGCAAUCAGUUGUAUAAGCUGCAACUGUAUCCACAAGCUGUGCAGCGGUACACGAUGGCAGCAGGAGUAGCAUGCCAACGUGCGUCGUGGGAGAACAAUAAUGUACUGAGGGAGGAGCUCUCGACGGUGCUGUCGAACCGGUCUGCGGCGUUUGCUGGCGCACAUGAUUGGAUAUCGGCACUGGCUGAUGCGGAGGCUGUCAUCCAGAUACGAAAAAACUGGGCCAAGGGUCAUCUGAGAAAGGCGAAGGCGCUGAGAGGACUUCUUAGACUGGAAGAAGCCCAGGACGCCGUUGCCUUUGGUUUGACGUACGAGCCGGACAACAAGGAAUUGCUGGAGUAUCGUGCAGAUCUCGAGAAGCUCAAAAAGACGAUCGAGGCGGUCAAGGCGGCCAGGUCGACACAAGCGUCGAAUGAUUCCGCGGAUGCAGCUGCGACUACUGCAGCCAGUGGGACUGCUAACCCCGCUGCUUUAAUACCUACGAAUGAGGAAUCAUCCGAACAAUGA